AAUGAUAAAACAACACGCGAGCUACUGCCGGCUAAAUAUGGACAUGCGCACACGACUUCACUCUCUUUGCCACGUUGAAUCGUUUACAGUCAGACACAUAUCGAAAGGAUCUCUCCCCUAUACAAUAUGUUUGUGAAAUUACUACUUUUAUGCGCAUUUGGCGCUGUUUUUGCAGAUAUUACAGAGGAAAAGGGGGUCUUGGUGCUGACAACGGAUAAUUUUGAUGGUGCAGUUGCCGACAACAAAUAUAUUUUGGUUGAAUUCUAUGCUCCGUGGUGUGGACAUUGUAAAGCUCUUGCUCCAGAAUAUGAAAAAGCAGCUCAGACUUUAGCUGAUGAGAAAUCUGAAGUCAAACUUGGCAAAGUUGAUGCCACAGAGCAGCAAAGUCUGGCAGAAAAGUUUGAGGUUCGUGGCUACCCAACGAUUAAGUUCUUCAGGGACGGCAAGCCAGUGGAAUACGGAGGUGGUAGACAGGCUGCUGAUAUUGUCAACUGGUUGAAGAAGAAGACUGGACCUCCAUGCACAACGCUUGCUGAUGUUGAUGCUGCCAAGAAGUUCAUUGAAAAAGAUGAUGUUGUGGUUUUGGGAUUCUUCAAGGAUGUGGCAUCAGUUGAUGCCAAGGCCUUUGAGGAGGCUGCUGCUGGUAUUGAUGACAUUCCAUUUGGUAUUACCUCAAAUGCUGAUCUCUUUAAAGAGUAUGAAGUGGAAUCUGAUGGCAUUGUUCUGUUCAAGAAGUUUGAUGAAGGACGUAACAACUUUGAGGGAUCAGUAACAGCUGAUGCUGUUUCUAAGUUUGUGCAGAGCAAUCGAUUGCCAAUGGUUGUUGAAUUCACACAAGAGAGCGCCCAGAAGAUAUUUGGAGGAGAAGUGAAGAACCACAUUCUGCUCUUCAUUAAGAAGAGUGACAAAGACUUCGAUGACAAACUUGCUGACUUCAAAGAGGCAGCCAAAAACUUCAAGGGAGAGAUCCUUUUCAUCUACCUCGAUACCAGUGAUGAGGAUAAUGCCAGAAUCUUGGAAUUCUUUGGACUCAAGGCUGAAGAAUGCCCAGCUGUCCGUCUCAUCACCUUAGGAGAGGACAUGACAAAAUACAAGCCAGAGAAAGACGAUCUAUCCACAGAGGCUGUCAGAUCCUUUGUACAGGACUUUAAGGAUGGAAAACUCAAGCCACACCUUAUGAGUGAAGAUGUUUCAGCAGAUUGGGAUUCUAAACCAGUGAAAGUUUUAGUCGGAAAAAAUUUUGUUGAAGUAGCUUUAGAUGAAAAGAAGGAUGUCUUUGUUGAAUUUUAUGCCCCUUGGUGUGGACAUUGUAAACAGUUGGCCCCUAUUUGGGAUGAACUUGCAGAAAAAUUCAAGGACAGAGAUGACCUUGUUAUUGCCAAAAUGGAUUCUACAGCCAAUGAAGUAGAGCAGGUCAAAGUUCAGAGCUUCCCUACCCUUAAAUUCUUCCCUAAAGGCAGCCAACAAAUAGUUGAUUACAAUGGGGAGAGAACUCUUGAUGCUCUCACCAAAUUUGUAGAAAGUGGUGGAAAAGAAGGUGCUGGUGAGCCUGAUGAGCCUGAAGAGGAAGAGGAGGAGGAGGAGGAAGAAGAAGAAGAAAAGGAUAAAGUUAAGGAAGAAUUGUAAAGACUAUAUUCUGUGACUGUAGGAUCUCAUUGAGAGGAAAAGUUGAAUAUUCCAAGUUCUCAGCUGUUUUGUCACUUUCAUAAGUCAUGCAAAAACGAUAUUGUUAAUUUAAAAUGCCUGAAAUAUAUAAUGGCCAAGGCUUUUCUCUCAUCAAAAGUGCUUUGAAUAUGUUUGAAACUGCUAAGAAGUGCCUUUAAGGCAUGUGAAAUUGGGGAAGGGCAUUUUUCUCAGCUCUGGAUCAUUGAAUUGUUGCAGAUGUAUUUAUUAAGGCAGCUUUGCACUUGAUGACACUGUCACUAGUCAAGGAUCAGCAUAAACAGAGUUUGUUUGAAAGAUGGCAUUUUUUUGCUGAUUGAUUCAUUCCAAUUAUUUAUUUUAUGUCCAAUUGAAUCAUGUUUAGAAUGUUACUUUUUUUUAGUAGCCUUGAAUUUUAAGUUUAUUACAAACCUCAAAAUAAUCUUCCACAUAUUAGAUAGUAAAAUCAAUGAGGGAGAGAUGUAUAUUUUCUUCCAAAAUCAAAUAACUCAUUUGGGAUUCAAUAUGUGUGUGUGACUGUGUGUAUGUUUACCUUUUUUGGUGGUAAUUGAUGGAGAUGUUAUGUAUGAUGUUGAAAAAUUUGGUGCUGUUUAGACAAGAAAAUAUUCAAAAGUACCAGUAUGUUUGUUAUAAAUGCUCAUGUACUAUUGUGUUGUGUACAUGUUAAUGAUAAUUAUUUUCGAUUUUGAAUGUAGGUAAUAAAACAAAAAAUGUACAAAUUAAAA